GUGAAUACGUCGUGCUCACACCAUGCUGUCUAACCUUCACAGUUGUCUGCAGCAGACAAAGUAACGCCUCUGAAAAACAGCACAACGACGAGCGGCAGAACCAACAUGGUGGCGUGCGUCGAAAUGAGGACAUUUCCCAACUAGAGUAAAACAAUUCCGGUACAGAGAGGAAGUUCAAGAGUAAAAUGCGGGCUCGGAGUACCUUCUUGACCUGCGCAGCUUUUGUUAUGAAAACCUACAUCCGGAAGCGGUUCUCGUGAGCGCGUGGCCCCGGCGAGCCUCCCGCAUGAGCAAAAAAAAUCUUCCAGCAUGGCGGCGAUUGGAGUUCACUUCGGAUAUACCUGCGCCUGUGUGGCGAUUUUUAAGGACGGACGGGCAGACGUGGUGGCUAACGAUGCUGGAGACAGAGUGACUCCAGCUGUAGUGGCCUACAGAGACACAGAGCAGAUCGUUGGCAUUGCGGCAAAGCAAGGACGAGUGCGUAACGCUGCUAACACUGUUGUUAAAGUAAAACAAGUGCUAGGGAGAAGCUAUGAUGACCCAGAGACACAAAAUCACAGAACUGAGACAAAGUGUCAGGUGGUCGACAAACAACAGAAGCCUUAUUAUGAAAUCACAGUAGGAGAAUAUCCACAAUAUGUCUCCCCAGAGGAUGUUGCAAAGCUUAUCCUCCACAAAAUGAAAGAAACUGCUCAGUCGGCUCUGGGCUCCGAUGUUACCGAUGCAGUCAUCACUGUCCCGUUUGAGUUUGCACAAGCUCAGAAGCGCGCUCUGAGAGAUGCAGCUGAAGCUGCGGGCUUUAAUGUACUGAGGCUAAUACACGAGCCUGCUGCUGCACUGUUGGCCUAUAACAUUGGACAGGACAGUUCAUCUGGAAAGAGUCAUGUCCUGGUCUACAAGCUGGGUGGCACGUCGCUGAGUGUGACAGUGCUGCAGGUCAAUGGAGGGAUAUUCCGGGUUCUCAGCACUCACACUGAUCACAGCAUUGGAGGUGAAAGCUUCACCCAGGCUUUGGCCCAGCAUCUUGCAGCUGAGUUUAAACGCACCUUUAAGUACGACGUGAGUGAGAACGCUCGGGCGAUGAUGAAGCUGAUGAACGGAGCAGACAUGGCCAAACACUCUCUGUCCUCGCUGGGGUCGGCCAACUGCUUUGUCGACUCCCUGCAUGAUGGCAUGGACUUUGAAUGCAAUGUCUCUAGAGCUCGAUUUGAGCUUCUCUGCUCCUCACUGUUCAACAAGAGCAUCCAGCCAAUCAGACCCCUACUGGAGAAGGCAGGACUCUCCACAAGCAGCAUUAACAAGGUGGUUCUUUGCGGUGGCUCUGCCAGGAUCCCUCGUCUCCAGCAAAUGAUCCGUGAGUUGUUUGUUGAUGUGGAGCUUCUUAGCUCGGCGCCGACCGAUGAAGUCAUCGCCGUAGGAGCGGCCCUGCAGGCUGGCCUACUCGUUGGCAGAGAGAGCCUCGCCCCCGAGGAAGAGUCUGUCACGGUGGAUGUUUCUGCCAUUGACCUACUAGUGAAGGAAGUGGAUGAAUCCGGGGCCGAGAUGUUCACUGUUCUCCUUCCAUCGGGCACGCCUCUCCCUGCCCGCAAACAUCACACCAUGACCGGAGCAGGGAAACUGUCCUCAGUCUGUCUGGAGAUUUACCAGGGAUGUGUCAUGGAGCAUCCCGAGAAACUAGCAAAGAUAAUUUUAAGAGACCUCCAGCCCAGUGAGGAGAACCACAACAUCGACGCAGUGGUGACCAUGAAAAGGGACGGCUCUGUUCACGUGUCCUGUGUAGAACAGAGCACUGGGCGAUCAGAGGCCAUCACCAUAGCAGCUGCAUCAUGAAGCCAUUUACACAUUCAUCCACAGUUUAUUGCUCGUUUUCUAUGUUUCCCUCAAUAAAUAUAACUAAGCCCAAGGUA